UGUCGUGUUACAGUACACAAAUGAAGCACAACACAAACACGUGUUUUAUGUGACUGAAUUCACUGAAUCUUUUAAUUCGAAUUUUGAAGCUCGGUUUCGUCGCUUAAUUUCUCUUUAAAUUAGGACUUCUCUCAUUUUUUAUAUUAAAAGACAUGCCGAAAGUCAGGAAAGUAGCACGGAGGAAGAAGUUCCGUCACGUUGUGAACAGGAAAAAGGUGAACAAAAGGAAGAAGAGGAUGCCUGCCAUUUCAUGCACUGCUAUCAAAGAAGUGUGGGACGACAAAAGUUCUGCGAACGUCAACAUGAACCAAAUGGGUCUAUCGACAGAUCCAAAUGUUACCCUAGGCGUUCCAAGGGCUAAGGAAGCACUUGCCUCUGUCAGGUUGAUGAAAGAGACAAAAAAAAGUUUGAAACAGAAGGAAACCCCCAAGAUUGAAGAAUUUCCAAAAUUGGCUGUGGCGGAGCAAUUAGAAAGAGAAUCUAAAGAAAGGAAGAGAAAGUCUCUACGCCUGUCCACCAUGCAAGUGGACAAACUAGCUUACUUCAUUGAGAAAUUUGGAAAUGACUAUAAGGCAAUGACGAGAGACAGAAUGAACUUUGAUCAACACACUUGGAAACAACUGAGAGCCCAAAUAAAAAAAUUUAUGGAGUGCAAGGAGCAGUGGGACGAGUAUUGGAAAUCAAGAGAUAUGGAUCCACCGGACAGGAGCAUUGUAGUGGAAGAAAUGGAAGAUUCCGACUAACUAUCAUUAAGGUUUUGAUGUAAUGCUUUUUAAUUAAAACUCCUAAAUCAAAUUUUCAAAUUUGUCUUGUUUAAUAUUUAUUUUGCAAUUAUGCUCAGAAGCGUUAAAUUGGCAAAACAUUUCAAAUCAUAUUUUUCUUGCACAUAGUUGGUUUUGUGGAAUGGCAAACUUGGUAGCAAGUGUGCAAAUGAUUAAAUUGAAAAAUACUUGCUAGGGCACUUAAAAUUUAAACUCAAGUCUUCCUUAAAAUAAAUACAAGGUACAUACAAAUUUGACAUUAUAAACUCAAAAUGCUUGUUGAAAUUUU